CCUUCAAAGUGAGAACUCGUGAAAAUUUUCUUCUGGCAAACAUUUUUUUUUUUGAGUUUGAGGGGGAAAUAUUGGGAAAUUCGGAUAUUUUGUAAAUAGUGUGAAUACACUCGGGUAAAAAGUGCACGAUAUUCUUGUAGAAUAAAUUGUAAAUAAGAGUGAAGCGAGGGGAAUUGGUGUGUGGCAGGGCAGCUCAACUUCUUCACGGGAAGGGGUCUUUAAUACAAAAUUGGAAAUGUCAGCAGCAGCCAAGUGAAUGAAAAUGAUGGAAUAUCUCGAUUUUUCCCACUGCAAAUGUGCCCAAGAAGCCAGAUAGUGGUCUAUUGGUGUGAAAUUCGUGGGUAUCGAUGGUGAUAUUGUGUGAAAAAGUGGAUAAAAGACGUGGAUUUUGAGGUGAAAACAAGAGGAGGCUGAGAGAGUGAAGAAAAAAAAAAGUCUCCACACAAAUCCCCCGAAAAGUGUCCCCCCGUCGUGUUUUGUGUGUUGUGUGUGCAGCAUCUCACUGACGAGGCCCCGUGCGUGUGUUGCUGCAUUCAUUCUCCAUUCCUUCUCCAACCAGCAUCUCCUUUUGGAUUUUUGGGUUACAGAAAUAGUUAAAUGGAGACACAAAAAUAAAUACAACACAAGACUUGUUGCCUCCGUUGGAUUAACUGCUGCUGCUGCUGUUGCUGUUUCACAAACGUCCGUCCCGCGCGCGCAGCUCACGCACUGCGUCGUCGCCCCAUUGUAUGUGUGCGCCUCCCGAGCGUACCCCAAUGCCUCCGAGGCAAGGUGCGAGAGUCUUGUGAGCCUCUCCCGUGGAAGGAUUGCACCAAAUCCCCAAAAAAAACAACGAUCAUGAGUCGCAGUGACUGCAGGAAAUUCUCGGCCAACAUUUUCAACGUGAGCAAGUGCAGCCACUGCUUCCGCCAACGAGAGGAGCACAGUCUGGCAGCAUUGGAAUGUAAUCGCUCCACGAGAAAAGUCACGAAAUGCGGCUAUUUGUUUGUUGCACCUGAUUGGGAUUUUAUCAAUAAUCCUCUCUACAGAACGAAGAGGUGGCAGCGUAGAUGGUUUGUGUUGUACGACGAUGGGGACUUAACAUAUUCCGUCGAUGAACAUCCGGAAACAAUUCCGCAGGCGGUCAUUGAUAUGUCAUCAGUUGUGGAGGUAACGUGGGCGGAGGAAAUUACAGGGCAUCUCUUCUCAUUGGCCAUAAGGUGUCCUGAUAAGGUGACCUUUGUGAAGGGAACGUGCUCCGAAGAGUCAAAUUGGUGGUUCAAUGUCUUGGCGGCAUUCCCAAAGAUUAAAGUACGCACCAAGAGGAGCACAAAAUUAUCUAGCGGUGGAAUGUAUGGCAAUCAAGAUAAGGCUCGUUUUUCACUGCCCGAUGUGGAGAAUCAGCGUAGUGAGGAGAAAGUGCCUAGCUUAGGGAGUAAGAGUAUUGAGGAGUAUUUCAAUAAAUCCACAAGCCGUCCAACAUCCCUUCCCAUUUCGUCCAAUGCCCCCGCAAUUGUGUCGGCAAUUGUCAAGGGAACUGGGAAGGGUGUAGAUCUACUCGAUAAAGCAUCCAGUCCUCUUAUUACGCGUCGUACGUCAAAUCAUGAGCGUGGGGAUCCGGAUGGGUGUAAUUUGGAUUCGGAAACAACGGCAAAUUUCAUGUCAGAGAGUCUCAUACACGACAAAAAGGGGUGGCUCAUGAAGUUGGAUAGUAAGACGCGUGAAUGGACUAAGCAUUGGUUCACCCUACGUGGGGCAGCAUUGUUCUUCUAUCGUGACCCAAAUGCCGAGGCUAAAGGUGUUCUCGAUGGGGUAAUUGAUGUGAAUAGCUUGACGGAAGUCAUCCCUGUUUCUGUGUCCAGGAAUUAUGCCUUCCAACUCACAACUUGGGAGAAGAAUCAGAUAACUCUGUCAGCAAUGGCGGAUAGUGUGAGGAAUGAUUGGAUAAAAUUACUAAAAACCGUAGCUGGGAUUACAACAAAGACGACUGAGAAGCCCCCCGGUAGGACUGCGUAUGAAUUGAUUGAGAAUACAAGUCUGGAGAAGAAUAUUCUGCUGACGAAUAAGAGUGAUGAUCUCAAGAGUGAAAUUGAGAAGGAUCUCAUGAAGACACAGCAACGUUAUAAGGAAAAGAAUCGAAUUUUUGCCAUUAAUAAGAAUAUCAUUCAAACGUUUAAGAAUCAAGGGGGAUCACUUAAAGCAACAACGGGAACACCGUCGAAGAUUAACUAUUCAUCUGAUGAGGAAUACGGAACAGCAUCUGAGGGUCGGCAUCCGGAUAGUUUUGGCUUUGUGUCACCCAUGUCACCGUCAUCGCCGGUGAUUGAAACCAAAGAGCGCACAAAUUCACGAUCGAGUUCACGAGCGGGACGUUUUAAUAAGCGUAGCCUAUCGUCACCACCAAGUUCUAGGCGUAGUACAAUGGAAAGUAUUCGUUUUGAUGAUGCCAUUAUCAGUAGUUCCGUGGAUGAUGACAUGGAGAUUAGUAGUAUUUUACGAAGUCGCCUAGCGACAGUGGAAAAGGAUCUCUGGAUGAUGCGUGAAGAGGCGGAAGAGCGUGAAACGCGUAUGACUGAACUACUGAGGACACUCGAUAAGACAGAAUCAGAACUAUCGACACGCAUUAAGGAGGCUGAAGAUGCACGAGAUAGUCUAGCUGAUGAACUUCAGGAGAAGACAAAACAAGCUGAUGCCUUGUUUGAGCAGCAAAAGGGUGAAAUUGAGAACUACAAACAAAUGAUUAGUGUCCUGGAGGAUCGUCUCAAUCGGGGUAUUGAUGAGAAUGAAAUUCUCUACAAGAAACUUCAGGAUAUUGAGAAUUCGGGAUCAUCCAGCUUAUGCAGUCUCAAUAGGUACAAAAUGAAGCGUGUGGAUUCCCUCAGUGAUCUCACGAAUCUCAAUGACAUUGACCCAUACGCCGUGGAGCGGGACACACUUGCGGAUGAAUAUAGGGAGGUGAAGCAUCGCUUUGAGAAGGCUGUCAAUGAGAUACGUUUAAUGAAGAAGGAACUGAAGGAGUCACAAAAUCAAUUUGAUAGCCUGGAGAUAAGUUAUGCCACCUUAAGGAAUGAUAUUGAGCAAAUAAAGAAGGAUAAACAUUCGCAGCUAACAAUGAUGGCAGCACGUAUUCAGGAUCUCACAUUUAAGUACCUCUCAGCUGAUCGGCAGAAUCGUGUGUUGAAGCAGAAAAUUGCCAAGACAGAGAAGAGGCGUUCGUUAUCACUAAAGGGUAAGGAUGCCUUUUCAAUUCCCAAGGAAUUUGAGGAGAAACUCACAGAGUUGGAGCAGAAGAUUGAUAAAAUUGAAGCAUCGAGUGAGACAAGUGUUGCACCCGGAGGAGAGCACAAGGGACGAAUAAAGAUGCGAAGGAAGAGUUUGGAUGAUGAUGUGAAUAGUGCUAAGCCCGUUGAGCAAAUUGUGAGGCUCAAUUCACUUGAGAGGCGUGUUAAUAAUUUUCGCACAAAUCCAAAAGAUACCUCAGUGGCGAGGAAUAAUCGGAAGAUGUCUGAACAUUCGGUGGAUCGCUUGCGAUGGCUUGAGGAAGUUAUUGUCCUUGCCUUGUCACAUGUGGAACAGAGUUUGAAGGUAUUGCAGCAGGAGCAAUCACCACCGAUGUUUGGGAUUGAGAAAUCCCUUCAAGAUGCCGUGGAUGUGCUGAGGAGUGCAUGCGAAAGCUGCCUGGGGGAGUCAAAUGUUGCCGCUGAAGGUGAGAGAGUGAAGAAAAUUGUGGAAGACAUGGAGGUGGAAUUGCGUGAGAAGUUGACACAGCUCCUGCACCAACGGCAACAUCUUCGGGCGUGUAGUCAAUUGACGCAUGAAGAGAACAUGAAACUCCUAGCGGAGCGUGUUGCAUACGAGAGUGUACUCUUUGGGAAGUUGCACAAUGCCAUCAGUGGAGCAGAAAGUCCCGCCAGCAGUGGUUGCAGCAAUGAGCAGCAUCUCAUCUAUGCAGAAGUCAUGGAGACCGUUAGACUUAUGGUUGCACUACGGAAGAAAUUGAAUGGGGAAGCUGAGGAGGUAGUAGCAAUGACAAAUCUCGGGGAAUGCUGUACGGAUGUCUUAACGAAUAUUCUCACCAAAAGGCUCCUUCUCACGGGGAUGCGUUGUAGCGAUAAUGGGGAAUGUAGUGUGCGGAUUACCCUUCCGGAGGGUGUAAUUGAUGAUCUUCGCCACCAACGGGAGGCUUUGCAGAGCCUCUUGGGGGAUUUCAAGGGGCAAGCAAUGGAAAAACUCGCCAUUGGCUUAGCCCUUGAGACACUGGACAGUAUUUCAAGCAAUAAUGCCAUCAAUGAGGCAAGUCAGGAAGCAUGGCAGCAUGCUCAAAUGAUUGUCAAUGGGGAACUGAUAAGGGCAGAAAUUUCGCAAGUUUUCCGGAAUUGUAUGAAUCAGUAUUGUGUGCGAAAACCCACCAAGAGUGUGUUGAUCACUCUCACGGAGACAAAAUGCUUUGAACACUUUGCCGACACUGUUGGUAUCUUCCUGCGCAAUGAGGUGGAUACAACACUGGCAGAAUUGAUGGUGAAGCACGAAGAGGCUCUCGAGAGGAUUCAAAAGGGGGAAAUUGAGAGGAAAUCCCUUUCGCCUAAUGGACGGAAUCUCUUGAUAAAACUCGCCGAUAUUUGUGCCCAUCGAGCUAUUAUUGAUGCACGAAUAAGUGUCCUCAGUGGGGAAUAUACUGAACCACCGGUGGAUGAUAUGAUUCCCACGAGGGAUACCACUGCAUGCCCCCCCAAAGUCAUUGAUAUUGCCAAAUGUGAGGAACUCUUCUGCCAAAUGGCCAAUGAUUUGAUGAAUUUCAAUGCAAUUGAUCUCUCAAUGGAGGCCGAUUGGAAAUUCUUUGGGCGUCAUGUGCGGAAAUAUGAGGAUCAUCCAGCAAAAAAUGCCUCCACAAUGACCGUUGGGGCUGAUGUGAAGAAUGUAUCAACGGAAUCCGAUCUGCAGCCGUGUGAAGAGUGCGCGGGAACACGGGAGAAAUUGCAGAAUUUGGGGAAACAACAUGAAGACAGUAUAAAUGACAUAUGCCAAAGCUAUAGCUACACAGUGGAGGUGUUGAAGCAGAAAUUGGAGGAUGAGCAGAAGCUCAAUGAGAAUUUUAGGUGUGAAAAUAUGAAAAUUAUCAAUCAAUUGAAAGAACUCACCAAUAAACGCGAUGCAAGGAAGACGGAAUUGAUGGAGAUGACGGAGAAAUUGAAUGAUAUAAGUCACACGUAUCGUGCAAAGAAGAUUGACUGCCCACCUGAGAGUGAUGUUGUGGACAGUCGAAGUCCACAGGAAGAGUAUGAGAGUGAGAAAAGUCACUUGUUUCAGCUGGAAAAGCACCUCAAGGGUACUUCGGUCACUGAUACAGAUGGGAGUGUAAUUGUGGCGGAAAAACAAGAAGAGGAUAGUCUAAGGAAGCGCUAUCAAUCGGAAAUUGAGCAAUUGAGGGCACUCUGUGAAAAAGGACUUGUGGCAAUGGAAUCCUCCCAUAGGCGUAUUAUUAGUGAAUUGGAAAAGAAGCACCAACAAGAGCUACAGCAGAUGCUUUGCGAGAAGGAACAAGCACUAGCUGAAGAGACACAGGCAACAUUAGCAGCACUGGAUGCAAUGCGUAAAGCACAUCAGAGUGAAGUACAGCGGGAAAUUGCACGCUUUAAGCAGGACUUUAUGAAGCAAUUCCAAAAAGGUGGCUACAAUACCAUGGCGAUGGAGCACAAGGAGAAAGAGCAAGAACUUGAGGAGGUGCGCCAAGAGAUUCUGUCGCUGUCGGAAAAAUUCUCAAUGAAGUGCGUGGAAACGGCAUCACUCGAGGAAAAAAUUCAACAUUUAACACGACAGUUGUUUGCCUCCCAGCAGCAAGUUCAACAACUCAAAUCGAGGGAUUGCAAAAUGGAAUCUCACUUGCUUUCAAUGAAAGAUGAAAGGAAACUUGAAGAGUCCAAAAAUCAUGAAGGUGAAAGCGCAGUACCGAAUUAUGCUAAACAGACAGGUGUUAAUGAGAACACGGUAAUGCAAAAAGCAAAAGAAACACAUCCCAGAUUGAAGAAGUUGAAUGAAGGCAUAAAAUUAACUCCAGUGAUUGGGCAUGGAUCGUCGGCGACACUGAUACCACUGGAACGGAUGAAGACAAAGGUGAUAUCAACAAGUAAUUUGAGCCUUCGAUUGAGUAGAAAUCUCAGAGAUUUAUCGUCUAAAUAUAAGGGUGAGGUGGAUGAUAGCCGAAAGGCGGCGUCAAUGAAGGAUGCCGGAACGGUGGGAAAUCCUCUCUGUUCGCCUCCUCCCUUAAAUGAGAGGGACGCUGAGCAGCAUGUUGUGAGGAGAUUUGAAUUAGAAAUAUAGCCCAGCUAACAUCAUCAACAACAACAGCAACCACCAACCAUCAUUUAUCUCCCCAUAAUCACCUUUUCCCAUCAAAUUUCCACACAAUAUUUCUUUUUUUUUUUUUGUUUAGAUUUAUAUAAUCAUUAAUUCAUUAAAAACAACAAAAAUCUCUAACUCAAAUUAAUCCCUCCUGCUAAAACAAACAAACAAAAAAACAUAAAGGUGCUAUGAAUUUUUUUUCUACCCCAAGACAAUACAUACAAUUGUGGCCAAAAUCUUUACCUGUUUUCAAAAUAUAUAUACAUACAUAUAUAUAAAAUAUAAUUGUGCAAAAAAAAUUAAUUAAAUUGAGUCAAAUUGGCAUUGUACAUUUUAUCAUUAUUAUUAUUAUUAUACAUAUUUCACAUUUAUGAUAUAUAUAAAAAAAAAUGAUUCACUUCUUGUAUUUAUUUUUAAUAAUUUGCAAAAAAAAUGCAUAAAAGAAAAAAAAACUAGCCUUACUUACAUUUUAUUAUUAUACAGUAUAAAAAUAUAUUAUUGUACACCUAUGUACAUUUACAAACAAUCAAUAUUAAGCCUAAACCCCAGUGUUAUUGUUAAGGGAUGGUUUUUAUUUAACAUAAACAAAAAAACAUUUGUAUAAAUUCAUUUACUUAUUAUAGUCGUUCACCUUUUUUUUGUAAUAAAAUCGUUUUUCUCUUGAAA